AUGGCAGAGGAGGGAGGAGGAGGACAGAGAGGGGGAGUAUCACUGCAGCCAGGCUACGGGCACUCUGCUCUGUGCUACCCUCCGAGCCAGACAGACGGCAGGACGGGCCGACAGCUGCCUCUCAGGCCUCCGCACAUCAUGGAGGGGACGCACAUCCAACCCAUGGAGGAGGAUGGGGCCGUUAUGGAGGAGGAGGAAAUGCAAAUAAAUGGGGAACAGGAAGAGGGAGAAAUGGAGGCCUCGGAAGAGGAAACAGAUGAGGACUGCGAACCGGAGCCCCCACACGUCAUUCGGAGGAAGGUGUCGUUUGCCGAUGCGUUCGGUCUCAACUUGGUGUCAGUGAAGGAGUAUGACAAUGUCACAGAGUCAGAGGUCAGCCAGCCCACGAAGAGUGAGGCAAUCCCUCUACUGGAGGAGUUCUACAUGUCCUGCCUGUUUACAGCCCCCUCAUCCCCGGAGGAGCUCGACCAGAGGCUACAAACACAGAUGGUUGAACUUGAAAGCAUGGAGCUCCUCCCGGGGACCACCACACUGCGUGGCACCAUCAGGGUGGUCAACCUCUGCUAUAGUAAGUCAGUUUACGCCCGGAUGACCCUGGAUCGCUGGACGAGCCAAUUUGACUUGUUGGCGGAGUACGUGCCUGGAUCCAGUGACAGGAAAACAGACAGGUUUACCUUCAUGUACACCCUGGUACCUCCCUUUGAUAGAGAGGGGGCCAGAGUGGAGAUCUCUCUGCGUUAUGAGACCUCCGUGGGCACUUUUUGGGCUAAUAACGCAGGAUUGAACUAUGUGCUGUUCUGCCACCAGAAAGGACAUGUGAAGGAGCACGUUCUUCUGGUGCAAGAGGAGAGUCACAUCUACAAGAGCAAGAGGAGCUGUCUGAAAGCUAUCAUGAAGGGCACUGCAGAGGAAAACAUUGAGGACAGCUGUAACACCUCAACAGCUGCUGCAGAGGCAGAAGCCACACAUAAAGCAGAGGAGGCUAACAGGAGGGGCAGCACAGAUAUACAAUCCUUACUAGACCGGGAAGAACGCAACACUUUGGUGGACAGCAUUAACAGCCGACACCGAGCAGCCCGCUUGGCUCGUGUGAAGGAAUACCUCUCCCAGAGGAGCCAGCACAUGUCGAAGGCUCAUUCACAUGACUCAGCGACAAGCCAGGGGGUUUCUCAGCCUCUGCCUGCUCAGUGGGUUGACUCUGCCAGCUUUCUCCACCAACGCCAAAAGAAGCAAUCCAACGAGAGUCCACAGGUGCUCACCUACCACCAGAUUCCUCUGCUUACACUGGAUUGGAACAAUGACAAAGCCCAUGAGUGGGGGGCUCCUGAAAUGCGUGACAUUUGGACUGGGACAGCUAAAAUGACCUUGUCAAAAGCGUCAGAGGAAAAAACACCUUCGGUCAAUGAUAUGUGGGAGGCAUUUGGUAACAGAACAGAUGAUAGCGGUGAUAAAGAAACCUCGGUAUGCGAUGUAUGGCAGGCAUUUCUUAAUGAGCCGAGCUGUACGGACCGCUCUGCUGUUCCAGAGUCAGAAUGGCUGCAGACAGCAGCGUCAGUUUCUCCGUCAAAUGAUAAAGAGCCCAAUGCUCGAAAUACAGCAAGCAGUCAAGAGCAAGAAUUUCAGGUGGGCACGGAUACACCCACCACCUUACAUGCACACACCUUAGCUGUAUGCCAGCUGCUGUCAGACAGUCUUCCUGCGAAUGUUGCGUUGAACACUGAAGACCUCCAGCCAGCAGAGGCAUGUGUCAGCAGCCCAAGAGACGGCGACACAGUGACACGAGACACAUCCCAAAGGUCGCAGACAAACUCCGUUACAGACACUCCGCAGAUAUUUUGCCUCAAGGGGGCAACGCAGGUGUCCGAAGGCUCUGUUGACAGUUCAACUGAGUGUCACGAGCUGACGAUCUGGGGGCAAGGAAGAGAGGAAAUUAUAGGAGGAGCAGAAGGAAUAGGACAGGAUGAGCCCUUCACACAAUACACACAUGACUUAGUAACAAGCUCAGGGGAGUCGGAGACAACAGACAUGACAGCAAUGCCAGAGUCUCAGAAUGCCACCGCCGAUGAUAGGAUCUCACAGGGACUGGAUGAGGGUCUUUCUUCCAGCAGGGAAGGCGAGGUUACAGUGGGGAGAGGAAAGGGGGUGUUCCUUUUGAAUAAGUAA